CACAGCAUUCGGUGCUGUCAAAAAAAUCUGUUAUCAAAAAAAUUUACAUUGUUUUACUAUUAAUUUUAAUUUAGGUUUUUUUAUAGUGAGUUUAAAUAUAAAAUAAUAAUCAUAAAAAAUGGCGAUGGCUGAGAAGAAAAAUGAAUACCCACCUGGGGUAGAAGCUGAUAGAAAGUUGCUAAGAUUCGAUACUUGGGAAGAUUAUCUGGAUUCGCUCAUAGAAAUCGCUGAUCUUAGGAAUUUGAGGAGCAUAGCUUCUGCGAGGACUAUUGCUGCUCUUGGAUACAGAGCAUACGGAGACACCCUAUCGGAACGGGAAUUCUACACUCGCCGAGCUGCAAUCCAUGAGAUAGUUUACCCUAAAGGGAAGCCGUACGUCCUAGUCAGUGAGGGAGCAGACUUGGAGGAUUCCUUCAACAGAGAACUGGCUGUGAGGGAACGAGCUAACAGAAUUGGCAUUCUACAGUCUAUAAUCUUCAUCCGCCACUACACAAGAGGUGGCUUCGAAAUAUCAGGGUACAUAGACUUCGCUCACAGGCUGAUCUCUGAGAACUGGACUCCAUUCUUCAAGCAAGGCAAGACCUUAUGGCCGAGGGACAGUGACCUCGGCUACUACCAUUGGCGUCAUGGGACUGUUAGAAGCAAUAUUAGCAGGAAUUAUAAGCCAGUAAUGGAUCCGGAGAGAGGUCUGCUCUUCCAGAACCGUCAUGAUCACAAAAUCAUUUGUCCGGAUCCCCAACAAGAUCCGGGCCAGAACACGACGAAACAACGUGUGUACUCGUCCAAAUAUACACAAAUUGAAAUCUACGAUCAUGUUGUGAGAAGAAGAAGUUAAGGGGAGAUAUUAUCUACUAUUUUGUAAAUCUAUAAUAUAAAAAUAAGUCGGGUUUUCCUUCCUGACGCUAUAACUCAAGAACGCGCGAACCGAUUUCCACGGUUUUGCAUUCGUUGGAAAGGUCUCGGGCUCCGUGAGGUUUAUAGCAAAGAAAAUUCAAGAGAAAAGCAGGGAAAAUCAUUGGUGGCGAAACGGAGUUCGCCGGGUUUGCUAGUUUUAUUAUAGAAAUCAUUGUGCUUAGGUUAAUAGAUUUUUAUU